GUGUUGUUUGUGUGGUGAAGUUUGACCUGAUUAGAUAGUUUUUACUGCUCUUACUGGAUGUUUAUGAUUAACAUGCUGUGGGCUAGUGUGAAAAAAUAUAUAUACAAGUCAGAAUCCAGUCUGUUCAAAGGUAAAUCCCUGAUAAUACCUGAGGAUCAGAGACAUUCGAGGACCUGAGUGACCCAACGCAAGCUUCAAACUGAAAUCAAAAUGCAAGAAAGCUUGAGAAAAGAUCGACAGAGCCACUCGUCUACUGAUAACUGGUUUGAGAGGAGACAGCGGUCAGUAAUAACAGACAGUCGAGGUUGCAGCAGACCAAAGGGACUUGCUCCCAGUAGCUUCCAGCAUCCAGGAGGGAGCAGGAGCCUCCAAAAUGCCAGCACCCCAAAAGGAGCCACAUCAGAGCACAUAGGAAAGCCAUCAAGGCCAAAAUCUGAGCCCCACAAUAAAAGAAGAACAGACAGAUCAUCAGACACAACCAGAGGAGGUUAUAGAGCUGCCAGACCUGCUCCAAGAUCGGAAGAGAAACCCAAGUCAGCGGUUACGAAAAUUUGCACCUUUGAAGUGAAACUGUCUGAUUUUCCUGAGCUGUGCGACACGAAACCUCUCGCAAGUCCAGAUGCUCGAACGUGCUGGGGUUCAGUCAGAUCAGCAGCUCUUCAUGAUUCACCAGCAACCACUGUUAAGGAGACGUCAGGAAGUAAAGGACCAAAACAGAAAUCAAUACAUCACAUCACCUCAACAGAAAAACCUCAACAGAAAUCAACUGCCACAGCAGAUAUUGAGCUUGUGUUGCCAAACCCUUAUGGAUCACCAGCAGCAUCCUGGGCUACAGUUGCCUCUCAGCCUCCGAAAGUCAUGCAAAAGACACCCGCCGCACAAGACGUAUCCUCUCAGGAGGAUGCGUGUCAGCCAGAAGGUAAUCAAACUGUGAAGAAGAGGAAAAAAAAGAAGAAAUCUAAACCAGUGUGUGAGGGUGUAGAGCAGGAGACACACACUAGAAUACAGCAGGAGCCUCCCCAGUUUGAAUAUGAAGAGGAGUUUCCAGAUCUGUCUUUUGCUUCUGUUAUUCCAAGCAAAGGACCAAAGCAUUCGUCAAACCCCGGAAUACAGGAGAAUGCGAGGAUACACGAGAAUGAUGGAUCAGUUCUGCAGUCGGAGAAGAUAAACAAAAGCAAAGCUGCUGAUGGAAAGUCUGGGUCUGGAACUUCAAAGAAAGUGCAGCCAGUCGGUCAGAAGAAGAGCACGGCGCUUGUUCAGCUUGACCUCGGGAACAUGCUGGCAGUUCUGGAGCAGAAACAACAGUUGCAAAAGUCCAGACAAGAUGUUAAACCACUAACUCUUUCAGUGGGAGGAGCCGUACCAGUUGCCCACAAGGACCCAACAGCUCCAAAGAAGCAUUCCUGGCAACAAGACAGGAUAGCUCACAACCCAUUGGAUUCCACCUGCCCUUUAGUGAAAAAGGGAAAACAACGAGAAGUCCCGAAAGCUAAAAAACCUACACCCCUUAAAAGAGUCAUUUUGAAAGAGAGAGAAGAAAGGAAACAGAACCGCUUGCUAGAAGAAAGAGAUCCAACACGAAUGACCAGUGAAGUCAGUCAAGAACCACAAGCCAGCGAGAAUCUUUCUGAGAGCAGUUCAGCACAGCAGUGUCAUGAACCAACAAGUGACCAAAGUGGUGCUGAGGAGGCUGAUCGAGCAGGGUUACCUGAAGGUUUACCUGAAGACGGGAAGAUCUUUCCAGAAGAAAAUGCGCUGUCUAAAAACUGGGAUUCAAAUUCCAACCCCAAUCAUACGAAAAUCCACAGCAGGAAAUUCAGAGACUACUGCAGCCAGAUACUAAGUAAGGAUGUAGAUGAGUGUGUGACCACUCUGCUGAGGGAGCUGGUGAGGUUCCAGGACCGGCUUUACCAGAAAGAUCCCAUGAAGGCCAGGAUGAAGAGGCGGCUGGUCAUGGGUCUCAGGGAGGUGCUGAAACACCUGAAACUCAGGAAAGUCAAGUGUGUCAUCAUCUCGCCCAACUGUGAACGUGUACAGUCUAAAGGUGGUCUUGAUGAGGCUCUUCACACAAUCAUUGAUACAUGUCGGGAACAAGGUGUUCCUUUCGUCUUUGCCUUGUCAAGGAAGUCUUUGGGUCGCUGCGUGAACAAAGCUGUUCCCGUCAGUCUGGUGGGCAUCUUCAACUAUGAUGGAGCACAGGACCAUUACCACAAAAUGAUUGAGCUCACAUCACAGGCAAGGAAAGCCUAUGAGGUAAUGAUCGCCAGCCUUGAGGUGAGUUCACAGGAACAGUCAGGAGAGGAGAAUGAGACACAGCAGCACAUGGAGACACAGCAGCACAUGGAGACACCAGUAGCCACCCCGGAGGCAGAAGAACCAGAAUACAUUAAAGUUUGGAAGAAAAUGCUAGAGAAAGACUACAACCACAAGUUCCUGCCUUUUGAGGAGCAGUUCACGUCGUUAGCCAUCAGCACAGAUCCAGACAACCAUCUUAAUGACCUUGGAGGAAGUUGAUACUGCUGUUUGCUCGUUAUGCUGUCAGUCAAAGGCAAGUAGGUCUCUGUAGCACUAGACAUGAUUUUCAAUCCUGUGUUCUCCAACACUGACACAGAAGGAUGAUGUCAGAUGUGUUUGUAGUAAAAACACUGAUUUAUUGUGUGCACAUUCAGCUGUCCACAACUCCCUGUCCUCCAGCGUCGUAAUUUACAGGGAAGCCAAAGCGCUCCUGUACGAGUCGGGAGAAUGAUCACAGCCUUUGCUGCUUUUCUCGAGAUAAUUUAUGCUAGUAUGCAAUUAAGUGUAUUAGCUUGUGGAAAAACGGUGUGCUUAGAAGUGUGCUUUUUAUUUAUAAACCCUGUAAGCCCUAUUUGAUUUCAGGCAAAGAGGAAGCUGUUUUUUUCCCCCCCCCUCCCCAGAGUAGGGAAUGUGGACUUAAGUUGAAAUGUUUAUUACACUUCACAUAAUAUAAGCAUUGAGUAAUACUUUUAUUACACGAAUGUAUUUUUCAAUACGCAGGCAUAUUGAAUCAAGAUACUUGAAUUACAUGAUGCACCACGUCACCCCGAAUUGUGAAAUAAUUAAACAUGCACUGAUCACAUGAUCAUUGAUAUUUUUAUUGAUUUAACUGUUUACAAAUUUGCACAAGAAAAUAUGAAAAUGUCUUGGAAGUUAAAAUUAAAUACGGUAUCACUGCCUCGGAAGUAAUGUAGCAACUUGUUUUCAAACAGGCAUUGGCCAGUAAAAUUUUGAUUACUCUCCAAACCAUGCUGUGAUUUGAGUUUCUCAAAAUAAACCAAUUUGUUGUAGAUGGGUUACAGCAGAGGGCGGCACAGCAGUGUAGUGGUUAGCACUGUUGUCUCACAUCAAGAAGGUUCUGGGUUCGAGCCCAGUGGUCGAUGAGAGCCUUUCUUUGUGGAGUUUGCAUGUUCUCCCCGUGUCUGCAUGGUUUUCCUCCGGUUUCCCCCACAGUCCAAAGACAUGCAGGUUAGGCUAAUUGGUGGCUCUAAAUUGACUGUGAGUGUGAAUGGUUGUUUGUCUCUAUGUGUCAGCCCUGUGAUGACCUGAUGACUUGUCCAGGGUGUACCCCACCUCUCA